AUGAAUAGAGCUGUCGAAGAUGUGGUACUCACGCCCUUUAGAGAUAUUGUGGCCCACGGCGAGGCCGCUGUCAAGAACGCCGAGGAGAUUGGGGACGAUAAGAUGCUGAGAGCUGCCCAGGUGCUCGUCAAGGAAGGCGAGCGAGCUCUCAAGAGAAUGGAGCCGGUGUGCCAAAAGAUAUACGAGGACGACAAGAAAGCUGCGACCAUUUUCUGA